GGGGUCGCUGUGCUCCUACAUGAAUCACACCCCCUUACACAUGCCUUAGGGUGCGAAACAAGCCCCACCGAGAAUCCGGCCAUGGCGAGGAGAGCGGCGCCCGCCGUGAUCGGGGCGGACUUCUCCUUCGUUAGUCCUGUGGUGAAAUACCUGCUGUUCUUCUUCAGCAUGCUGUUCUGGGUGAUAUCCAUAGUGAUGGUGGGUGUUGGAGUCUAUGCGCGACUGAUGAAACAUGCAGAGGCUGCUAUGGCAUGUCUUGCUGUGGACCCUGCAGUACUCCUUAUAGCGGCUGGCGUUUUAAUGUUCCUUAUUACAUUUUGUGGAUGCAUUGGGUCUCUACGGGAAAACAUCUGCCUUUUGCAAGCGUUCUCUAUAUGUCUGACAUUGGUGUUUCUACUGCAGCUGUCUGCAGGCAUUGUGGGCUUCGUCUUCUCGGACAAGGCUCGUGGGAAGGUCAGUGAAGUGAUUGAUAAUGCAAUUGUUCACUACAGGGAUGAUCUGGAUCUACAAAAUCUCAUAGACAUUGGACAAAGACAGUUUAACUGUUGUGGUGGAAUAUCUUAUAAAGACUGGUCCCAGAACAUAUACUUCAACUGUUCCCUAGAAAACCCCAGUCGAGAACGUUGCUCUGUACCCUACUCCUGCUGCCUCUAUAGUGAGGAUGAGGCUGUCGUGAAUACCAUGUGUGGAUAUGACAUGCAGACUCUCGACUACGUAGAGGCAGGAGAGUUUAUACACACCAAUGGCUGCAUUGACAAGCUGGUUAACUGGCUGCAUAGUAACCUCUUCUUGCUUGGAGGGGUUGCACUAGGUCUGGCUAUCCCACAGCUGGUUGGAAUUCUUCUAUCUCAGGUUCUUAUUAACCAGAUCAGAGACCAAAUCAAACUCCAGUCAUAUAACCAGCAGCACCGGUCAGACCCGUGGUACUGACAGAAGGAUAGGCGUUUGCGUCCAACACUGCUCUGAACAGCAACAAUGCAGCAGGCAAAGAAAAAAAAAAACGUCACAGGAACCUGGGUACAGUGUGAUAAUGUUGAAGAAGCGAAAUGAGCAGUGCCGAGAGGAAGCAGCAACAGAACAUCCGUCUGGAUCAGAACCAGAGACUUGAAGGACUAAAAUUAACACUUGAAGCAAAGCCUCUGUACUGUUAGUGUUGUCAUUGGUUAGGUUACUUAAUUAACUCAAACACCAUAAAGCUUUUAGAAUUAAAGGGGUAUUCCAACUACCAAAAGUAUUAUCUAUCUCCAGCAGUUCCUUAGAGCAGUGGUCCCCAACCUUUUUUGCACCAAGGAGCAGUUUCAUGCAAGAC